AUGCCGGGUGAGUCAGUGUCACGUGCAGAUGGCCUUACCCAGGCUUCGGGGUGGUGGGGGAUGGGUGGGGGAGUUGGGGGUAAUGCUACAGACUAUGCGCACAGCAAGGGGCUCAAGCUGGGGCUCUACUCCGAUGCCGGGAAGCGCACGUGUUCAGGCAAGCCAGGAUCUCUCGGGCACGAGGCGAUAGACGCCCUCACCUUCGCUGAAUGGGGAGUGGACUAUCUCAAAUACGACAGCUGCUACGAUGAUGGAGCCCUCAGCCGCACAGCCAUGCGCAAUGCAUUGGAAGCCACUGGGAGGGACAUCUCAUUCUCCAUGUGUGAAGGCUCAGCUCUAUGGGCGUAUGGGUUGGCAGAUCCGUGGCGCACCACUCUUGCCACUGAUGACACGUGGAGGAGUGUGACUUGGGUUUCGGAUGCCCACAACAAGUGGGCUAAAUAUGCCGACCCUCGCAACUGGAAUGACCUGGACAUUCUUCAGGUGGCAAAGGGAGGCAUGGGCGAGACAGAGCACCAUGUGCACUUCAAUCUGUGGGCCAUCAUGAAGGCGCCACUCCUGCCGGCCUGCGCUCUCUCUGCUGCAUCGCAACCAGCCAUGACCAUCCUCAGCACCAAUGAGGCCAUUGCCCUCAACCAAGAUUCAUUGGGAGUGCAAGCACAGAGGGUGCAACUAUCCAAGGAAUCCCCAGUGAAGGUCUGGGUGGGAUCUCUAUCUGAGGGUCGGAAAGUGGUGGCAUUGGUGAACCAUGGUGGGAGGAGCGAGAAUGUGGCUGUCAGCUGGAGAGAUCUCGGGCUGAAUCCGGAGCAGCGGAUGCAUGCACGAGACCUGUGGAAGGGUUUCCUAUUUGUAUCAUCCCUCUCCUAG